UAGCUCCACUUGUAUUUACUUCAGACAGUUGUGAAUAAAACUUGAAACCGUGAAGUCGUGAAAAGUCGCUCCGUCAAACGGUAAAACGUGCGUAACGAACGAAAAGUGGAAAAAAAGGAGAAAUAAAUUCAUUGAGAUUUUUGUGACAAAGAAAUAUAUGAAAUGAAACAUCAUUAGUAAAACACACAUACACACACACGCGCAACUAAAAUUGCACAAAGAGAAGAAGAUUCUACGAGAAAAUAAAUGUAAGAAAAAAAGCGAAAAAAUCACAACUGAAUGAUAAAAUAAAAACAAAACAAAAAAUAAUGUGCUAAGAGAUCUUAAUGAAAGAUAUUGGUUGAUAUACCAAAUGAUAAGUUCGUGAAAAUUUUUAAUUUUUUCAAUAGUUUCCGUUUUAAAAGUUUUUUUGCUGUCAAUUUUUGAUAUUGUGUAAUUAAUUUCAACCACAUUGUGGAUCUUUUGUUAUUUGUUGUUACAUGCAUCCAUAGGCAAAUACGAGAAGAAUCUCAAAACAAAAGAAAAUAAAAAACAAACGAAAAAAAGCACAACAACAGCCAACAGCAACCAUAAAAAUAAACAACUGUGAUAAUUAUUAAAACACCAGCAACAUCAUCCAGGAGAACAACAACAACAACAAUAGAGGCAGCAACAAAACAAAUAACAACACUAUAUUAUUAUGUCUCAAAUAAACCAUAAACAUUGGUAUUCUCCAUCACGAUCAGGCUCUGCAACACCACCAUACAACAGAGCAAUGAAACAACGCCACCACCAGCUACCGUUGCUAUUCGCCUUCGGCUGUUUGCUGUUCCUGGGUCCUCUGGUGGCCCAUGCAGCCGUCGGUGUAAAUGAACGAUUUGUAUACAAUAAAUCAAAAGAGGAUAUAAAUGCGUCUGAUGGUGGAGCUGGUGCUGGUACCGGUAGCGUGGAAGAUGCCAACGAUACAGAUACAACAAAUGUAAAACUCUUGGGAGAAUACGAAACAGAUCCGAUUCCAAUGGAUUUUUAUCGUGAACUAAAUAACAUUACCGAUAUUUCGGAAUUCAUAGAAAAAUUUAUUGAUCCCGACAGUAUAGAUCCGAAACUGGGCAUACAUGAAAACAUUCGCCGUAAUGUUGAAAGAGCAUCUUUUGUCCGAGCCAAGUCAGCCAGUUGUAUACCCGAACCAACCGUCGUUGAUCUGGCACCCAUCAAUCCCAAAAAUAACUUUUUCCCCAGAUGUACUCGUGUCAAGCGUUGCGGUGGUUGUUGCAACACCCCCUGGAUGUCGUGUCAGCCGACUAAAACCGAAAUUGUCAAUUAUCAAGUCUAUCGUUAUUGCUACGAACAUGGUGCGAAAUUUUGCGGUUUGGAUAUAAUACCUGUCGAACAACAUUUGGAGUGUAAAUGUGAUUGUCGGGUUAAGCCGACGGAUUGCAAUGCCUAUCAAACCUAUGACGAGUGUCGCUGUCACUGUACAAACACAGAGGCGCGUGACAAGUGCCUAGAAUUGGAGCACAAAGAUUGGGAUGAGAAUUCAUGCCGCUGUGUCUGUCGACAUCCUGAAAAUUGUACAACCGGUUCCUAUUAUGACGAGAACCAAUGCAAAUGUCUUCUGCUAUCAACCAAUGCAGAGAACAGUGAUGACAUUGCGGUGGCUCCCUUAUCCCUGGCGGAUCGUCGACGUUUCAUUGUCAAACCAAUACCGGUCGAUACCGACAAUAGCACAAUUUAUCAAGUAUAAUUACCCAGCUUACUUUAAUAAUUAAUGUGUAAUUUGUUCCAUUUAAGUAAUUGUUUUUUUUUUUAAUUAUAUUCUUAAGCAUUUAUAUUAUAAUUACAAAAUAUUUAGUUUAAAGUCGAAAAAUGAAAUGUCAUAUCAUGACAUUGCAGUGGCAUCAAAUAAAAAUUAUUAAAUGUAGAUUCAAAUUUCUUUGGCAAUUUUGAAAAUAUUUAUGCACAGCCUAAACAAUUUCGUGGCAAUGAAUGUUAAUAAUUCCAGAAAAAAUAAUUUAAAGAAGAUUGUGAAAAAUAAUUUUCAAUGUAAACUACAAUUUACUUUUAAAUGUUG